AUGUGUGGUGAAUUCGUUGGAACUGUGCUCUUCCUCUACUUUGCCCUGUCUGGUGCUCAAGUAGCCAACAGUGUCAACACUUCCAGCGGCCAAUCUAUUGCCGAGACUGGUAGCAACCCCCAACAGCUGCAGUACAUUGCUCUGAGUUUCGGGUUUUCAUUGGCUGUCAAUGCCUGGGUCUUCUUCCGCAUCAGUGGUGGACUCUUCAACCCUGCUGUUACCUUUGGCAUGUGUCUCAUUGGUGCACUCCCCUGGGUUCGUGGUGGCCUGCUGUUCGUCACCCAGAUCCUCGGUGGCAUGACUGCCGCUGCUCUGGUAUCCUGCAUGUUCCCUGGCGAACUCAACGUCCGUACCACCCUUGGCGGAGGCACUACCGUUGUACAGGGUCUCUUCAUUGAGAUGUUCCUGACUGCACAGCUUGUCUUUACCAUCUUCAUGUUGGCCGCUGAAAAGCACAAGGGUACAUUCAUUGCGCCUGUCGGUAUCGGUCUCUCGCUUUUCAUUGCCGAGCUUACUGGAGUCUUCUUCACGGGUGGCAGUCUUAACCCUGCUAGAUCCUUCGGACCUGCUGUCGUCAACCGCGAGUUUUCACACUAUCACUGGAUCUACUGGGUGGGCCCUGUGUUGGGAUCAAUCGUCGCAGCUGGAUUCUACAAGUUCAUCAAGAUCCUGGAAUACGAGACUGCAAACCCUGGACAAGAUAUGGACCAUGCUGCCAAGGUCGAGAAGAGAAAGAACCUGCUCAUGGCCGCUGGUAUCAACGAAGUCGACGCCCAUCACGUCGCAAACGAACUCCAGACCAACCAGAUAGUCACCGAAAAGGGUGGACCAGACGGCGCAGUUGUGGCCAAUGGUCAAGGCCGUCGUGGCUCUGGAGAAGACACUGCCAUGUAUGGUACCGGAUUCCGAUCUAACUCGCAUCAACACACUGGCUCUACCAGCUCAGGAGAUACAGCUGUUGUUCGAAGACCCCAAGCUGUCACCACCGGAAGCCAGCUCGGUCGUUUCAGUUACCUUGGCCGUGCUGGCGUUCAGCAACCAAGGAUGAACAGCAUCGCCAACGAGGCGAGAUUGGACAGCCCUGCCAUGGCGACAAACGAAGAACUUUACGCUCCUCUUGCUGCUGGUGGCGAUGAACCGCUUGGUGGUUUGGUUGCGGACCACGACCCCAGAUACCGCUACUCUAGAACCAUCAGCAGUGGUGUCUAG